AUGUACCUCAAACAAGAUAACGACCUGCCGAUGCCUUCGAGCCUCUCCAAGCCCAGGUCCAAGUCCAAGUCCAAGAUGGGGUUUCCCGCGUCCUCACCGCGCAGGCUAUCGUUCGCCAUAUUUGUUGUUCUGGCAACGUUUCUGGCAGUGGCCUUCUUCAAGCCGACACGAUUUGGCGGAUGUGAUGUGUCGUUCUUGUCAAAAGCCGGAGUUUGUCUGGCAACAGUCUGGAAUUUAUUCUAUCAUUUGGGCGGCAAUGGGCCCUGGAUACCACGGGCUGACGGCGUUGCCUAUUCUGAUGCAUUACUUCCAGAGGGAUGUUCGGUGGACCAAGCGCAUAUGUUGUCGCGGCAUGCAGAGCGAUAUCCCACCAGGAAUGCUGGUGCCCGACAUAUCGAACUCCUAGAACGGCUCCAAAAUCCCAAAGUUGAACUCAAGGGACCACUGUCCUUCCUCAAAAGUUGGGAAUAUUUCACCGAUCCUGCGGACCCUUCCUUCGAAAACUUGACCGCCACUGGGCCCUACGCCGGGACAUUGCAAGCCUUCAAUACUGGAAGGACUCUGCGACAGCGUUACGAUCACCUAAUCCCCCAAGACCGACCAACAAGAAUCUGGUCGUGCGGUGCCUCGAGGGAUAUUUUAACAGCCGAAUACUUCGCCAGUGGCUUCUUCGGUCCCGAUUGGCUCUCACAGGGCACAGCCGAGCUUGAAGUGAUUCCCGAAGACGAAGGCCGGGGCGGGGAUACACUGACUCCUGGAGACACUUGUUACGAAUAUGUUACAGAUGGCGAAUAUGGCCACGAUCACGGAUACCAAAAGCUGGAAGAAUGGCAAAGAGUGUUCACCAGGCCCAUUGCCAAACGACUCUCACAACAUGCCCAAGGACUAGAUUUUAGUUACCUGGACGUCUUCAACAUGAUGGAGAUGUGUGGCUUCGAGAUUCUCGCCAGAGGCUCCAGUCCUUGGUGCAACAUCUUCACGCAUGAAGAGUGGUCUCACUUUGAGUACGCACGAGACCUCCUUCAUUUCUAUCGAGCCGGACCAGGCAACGCCUAUGCCGGAGUCAUGGGUACGCUUUGGCUAGACGCUACGCGCAAUCUCAUGAUGAAUGAUUCUUCGAAGGAUGUCUACUUCAGCUUCGUGCACGACGGGGACAUUGUGCCGGUCCUGGCCACGUUGCAGAUACUCAAUGAACGUGAUGGUGCGCCAAAGCUGCCUAGCCAUCGAAUCAAAGCAGACCGACGGUGGAAGACGAGUGACGUGGUGCCCAUGGGUGGGAGACUGAUAUUCGAGCGUAUCGCCUGUGAUGCAAAGUCAAAGGGCGGUCAGGGGGCGUAUUUUGUGAGGCUCUUCAUCAACGAUGGCCUCGUGAAGUUCCCCGAGCUGCCGACAGUCAAGAACCUCAAGCAUGCUGUCCGCCUGAAGGACUUCCACGACUUCAUUGCUUCGAGGAAAGAAUUGUUUGGGGAUUUCCGGCAGAUCUGUAACAUAUCCGAGGAGGCGCCCGACAGGAUUACCUUUUUACAUCAGUAA